AUGAGGGAAGCCUCAGGUCAUGGCAUUCCUGCUAAGGUGGGGGUGGUCACUGUUCAACUGGGCUAUUGUGCGCUGCCUUGUGCUCUACAUGGCCCGCUCUCCUACCACAGCCAGGGGCAACAGCAACGGGUCAACAGGAACGGCAGGGGUCAACAGGAACGGGAGGAGUCAACAGGAACGGGAGGCGCAACAGGAACGGGAAGGACCAACGGGAGCAACAGGAGGGUCACCGGGAGCAACAGGAGGGUCACCGGGAGCAACAAGAGGGUCACCGGGAGCAACAGGAGGGUCACCGGGAGCAACAGGAGGGUCACCGGGAGCAACAGGAGGGUCACCGGGAGCAACAGGAGGGCGAACGGGAGCAACAGGAGGGUCACCGGGAGCAACAGGAGGGCCAACGGGAGCAACAGGAGGGUCAACGGGAGCAACAGGAGGGUCAACGGGAGUAACAGGAGGGUCAACGGGAACAACAGGAGGGCCAACGGGAACAACAGGAGGGCCAACGGGAGCAACAGGAGGGCCAACGGGAACAACAGGAGGGCCAACGGGAGCAACAGGAGGGCCAACGGGAACAACAGGAGGGUCAACGGGAACAACAGGAGGGCCAACGGGAACAACAGGAGGGCAAACGGGAGCAACAGGAGGGUCAACGGGAGCAACAGGAGGGUCAACGGCAGCAACAGGAGGGUCAGUGAGAGCAACAGGAGGGUCAGUGAGAGCAACAGGAGGGCCAGUGACGGCAGCAACAGGAGGGCCAACGGCAGCAACAGGAGGGCCAACGGCAGCAACAGGAGGGCCAACGGCAGCAACAGGAGGGCCAACGGCAGCAACAGGAGGGCCAACGGCAGCAACAGGAGGGCCAACGGCAGCAACAGGAGGGCCAACGGGAGCAACAGGAUGGCUAACGGCAGCAACAGGAGGGUCAACGGGAUCAACAGGAGGGUCAACGGGAUCAACAGGAGGGCCAACGGGAGCAACAGGAGGGCCAACGGGAGCAACAGGAGGGCCAACGGGAGCAACAGGAGGGUCAACGGCAGCAACAGGAGGGCCAACGGCAGCAACAGGAGGGUCAACGGGAACAACAGGAGGCAACAGGAGGGCCAACGGCAGCAACAGGAGGGCCAACGGGAGCAACAGGAGGGCCAACGGCAGCAACAGGAGGGCCAACGGGAGCAACAGGAGGGCCAACGGCAGCAACAGGAGGGCCAACGGGAGCAACAGGAGGGUCAACGGGAUCAACAGGAGGGUCAACGGGAUCAACAGGAGGGCCAACGGGAGCAACAGGAGGGCCAACGGGAGCAACAGGAGGGCCAACGGGAGCAACAGGAGGGCCAACGGCAGCAACAGGAGGGCCAACGGGAGCAACAGGAGGGUCAACGUAAGCAACAGGAGGGUCAACGGGAACAACAGGAGGGUCAACGGGAACAACAGGAGGGUCAACGGGAGCAACAGGAGGGUCAACGUAAGCAACAGGAGGUUCAACGGGAGCAACAGGAGGGUCAACGGGAACAACAGGAGGGUCAACGGGAGCAACAGGAGGGCCAACGGUAG